AUGUGGCCUCUGCUACCGGGGAUGACGUGGGAAGGGCAGGAGCAGCUGUCGACCUGGUUCGGCUACGCCUCGAUCCUGGCUUGGCUGUGCGCUCAGGCACCUCAGGUGCUCGAGAAUCACCGGAACAAGUCGGUGUAAGUCAAAAGACGAACUUCUCGAGCUGAGAUGAUGUAACAAAGGACUGACACGACGUGAUGUAUCUUGCGGGUGGACUACCACAGCGAGGCGAUCGCACUGCCGUUUCUCGUGAGCUGGUUCUUCGGCGAUUUUACCAAUCUGAUCGGGUCAGUCUUGUGGCAGUCUGCAUUGUCCGACAGAGGCCAAGCUCAUACGUUAUCUUUCGAUCCUUGUAGCUGCAUCCUCACGCACCAACUGCCGUUCCAAACGUACCUCGCGACCUACUUCGUCAUGAUCGACGCGAUGCUCAUGGCACAAUUCUACCACUACUCGCGAGCGAACCCGUCAACGUCGAUCCCGCCUCUUUCCAUCGACUACCCUUACGCUCAAACACCCCAUACACAUCAUCACCAUCAUUCUCACCCACACCACCAUCAUCGCGAGUCCCAGUCGAGCGUAAGGAGGAGCAAGAGUUUCCAUCGCUCGUCGUCGCAGCAACAUUCGGCGACGCCUUCGAGGCGGCGAGUCAAGGCUUUGGCUGCAGAAGAUGGCCCGGAACUUGGAGAGACUGAGGGGGAGGAUCCCAUGACGACGAGUUGGAUGUCCCAAUCUUCGAACGCGACGACGCCUGCUCGAUCAUUGAAGAACGGCCGAACGUCGACGAGCACUUCGGAAGUGAUGGCCCCGAGGGCAAGUCGAACGAGUACGACCCAUUCGAUUUUGACGAACCCGACAACACCUCAGACAAUUUCCGUCUCUACAUCGCAAGUCUUGUCGGCUCCUUCAACAAGCACACCGUCCAGUGGUCCUAGUUCACCCUCAUUCGAAAUCCCGACGGCGAUGACAUCUUCCUUAGGAUCGAUCGCUUCGACUUCGGAAGCGAGAGAUCGAACGAUGACGAGGAACCUUAACCCGCAUCAUCAUUACUUGCACCAUUAUCACCACCCCUCGAAUCUGGAGACGAUCUCGGGAUCGCCGGCCUCGGGAUCUCCAGCACCUUUGAUGAGGAGUUUGGUGCAGCUGGAGCAACAGGCGAGAGAUCGGGCUCUCGAGAUGGGUCACGAAGGAGGAGGAGGAGAAUACGACGAGGAAGACGACGAAACCGAACGAGGACGAUCCGCUCAUCGAGUCAACGAUCUCCCUUCCAACGUAUUACCUCAAUACGUAAGGGAGACGACGUCGAGGCAUCAUCAUUCUUCGUCGCAUCAUCAUCACCAUCAGCAAUCUGGAUCGGGAAGGAGUAGUUCGAGGUCGAGACCACCGCCAUCGGCGAGGAGGACGAGCUCGAUGUUGUUCCUUUCGGUGGGGUUAUUUUUCACGUUCACGACGUUGGGGAGAAGAGCGGAGAAGAGGGUAGGGUCAUUUGCGGGGGGGAGGGCGCGAGCUUGGGAGGUGGGGUUGCCCAAACUGAAUUGGGUGCAGGAGUCGACGGUCAGGCUCAGCAAGAGGGAGGUGGUCAUUACCUCACCGUUGACGGCCUCGAUUGGAGAGAAGAGGGACAACGACGUGGUGAUGAGUGAUGCUUUCUAUCUCGUGGAUCCGAAAGUGACAAUUGGGCGGAAUUGGGAGCGAUUCAUCGGGCGUAUGAGCGCAUGGACAUGCACGACUCUGUACCUCACCUCGAGGCUACCCCAGAUUUGGCAGAAUGUGAGUUCACCAUCCUUGGUGCCUGAUAUUCAGUUGGAUCGAACUCAAAAAGUCGUCUCUUUCUCUCUCAGUUCCGCCGUCGUUCCGUCGCCGGCCUCUCCAUGAUCCUCUUCAUCAUGGCCUUCGUCGGCAAUUCGCUCUACGUCAUCUCCAUCCUCCUCAACCCCUUGGCGACCGAAUCCGUCGGCUAUCUCCUCGAAUCGACGCCUUACCUCUUGGGAAGUGGGGGCACGUUAUGUUUCGAUAUCACGAUCGUUUUCCAGAGUUGGCUUUAUUCGGAAAAGAGGAAGCGGAAUACGGCGAUGAUGAGGAGGGGUUUGAGUAGAGGGGACUCGACGGGUGCGAGAGGGAGGGGAGAGGAGGAGAGUUUAUUAGGGACGACCACUGAUGAGGAAGAGGGUGUUGAAAGUGGGAGGAGACGAUCGUCCAGUCGGAGGAUCGGUAGGAAACGAUCGACGAGCUCCAAACGUGGUUGGGGUGGGACCUCGCGCUCGUUGGAUCGUCAUGAUCCGGCGUUCAAGAUGUCCCGAUCGGUAUCAUCGCAUAGGGCAUCUAGGGCACCUUCCGUACGGACAUUCACGACCGACGGUGGCGCCGAAGGAGCGCCUACAACGAUACUGGCCGAGUCCGCGGGACCGAGACUUUCGAGAGCCGAACGAGGAGUUCUGGACGACCUCGAUUUCGAAUUCGACCCUACACGAUCCAAUACAUCUUCACGAGGUCCUUCGCCCAACCGAUCGAGGAAGGAGCAUCCGCAAAUUGGUUCGGGUCUGCCUAGUCGAUCAAGGUCGACGAGUCGGACGAGGAGUCGUACGACGAGUGAUGAUCGGACGAGUUCGUUGGGCGUCGUAACCGAGGCGGGGGAGAGUAACUUGACGAUCAAGGGAUGA